ACUGGGUGCCGAGCAAGGGGAGCCCGGCGGCGGGCGGGGACGUGGGGCGGGACGUGCGGGCGCCGAGAAAAGCGCCGGCCCACGGGCCAACGCCGGGUCGCCUAGGUGAGCGUGCCGAGGCGACAGCUGCCGACCUGCCAGGUGGGUGCUGUCCCGAAGCGCAGCGAGAUCGGCGCCGGUUUGGAGGUUUGGAGCCCGGGACUUCAACCUCACCGCCCCAUCCUGUUAGAAAGGCCACGGUUUGCCUGCAUCCGGCCUGCUUGUGGCCCCUGUCCCUGGUUGGGCUGUGAUGAGAAGAGGCCUUUCACACACUAGUUUCGAAAGGCACGCCAAUGGCCCACGUAGGAUAUGGGUGUGUGGCUGAAACCCGUUGAGAUUCGGUCACUGUUGUGGAUGAAGUGAGAAGAACUCUAUCCCGCGGGAGCGGAGCGCACAAGUGGUGGUGACCAGCGUGGCGAGCUUAGCUGAAAGCGGCUCCCGCCCACACUUGGCCGGGCCCAGAGGUGUCACCAUGUUGUGCACCCUGUUCCUGCUACUGCUGGCCCUGGGCAGAGUGCAGACAACUCGGCCAUGUUUCCCUGGCUGCCAGUGUGAGGAAGAGACGUUUGGCCUCUUUGACAGUUUCAGCCUGAUCCGAGUGGACUGCAGCAGCCUGGGCCCCCACAUUGUGCCUGUGCCCAUCCCUCUGGACACAGCCCACCUGGACCUGUCUUCCAACCGGCUAGAAACCGUGAAUGAGUCAGUCCUGGGAGGGCCAGGCUAUACCACACUGGCUGGCCUGGAUCUCAGUCACAACCUCCUCACCAGCAUCACGCCCACUGCCUUCUCCCGCCUUCGCUACCUGGAGUCACUGGACCUCAGUCACAAUGGCCUGGCAGCCCUGCCAGCAGAGGUUUUCACCAGCUCCCCCUUGAGUGAUAUCAACCUGAGCCAUAAUCGACUACGAGAGGUCUCAAUAUCUGCCUUCACCACCCACAGCCAGGGCCGGGCACUGCACGUGGACCUAUCCCACAAUCUUAUCCACCGCCUGCUCCCCUAUCCAGCCAGGGCCAGCCUGCCUGCACCUACCAUUCAGAGCCUGAACCUGUCCUGGAACCGGCUCCGAGCCGUGCCCGAUCUCCGAGACCUACCCCUGCGUUACCUGAGCCUGGAUGGGAACCCUCUGGCUACCAUCAACCCAGGCGCCUUCAUGGGGCUGGCGGGCCUCACCCACCUUUCACUGGCAAGCCUACAGGGUAUCCUCCAGCUACCACCCCACGGCUUCCGGGAGCUCCCAGGCCUUCAGGUCCUGGACUUGUCUGGUAACCCCAAGCUCAAGUGGGCAGGAGCCGAGGUGUUUUCAGGCCUGGGUUUGUUGCAAGAACUAGACCUGUCGGGCUCCAGCCUGGUGCCCCUGCCUGAGACGCUGCUACAUCACCUCCCUGCUUUACAGAGUGUCAGUGUAGGCCAAGAUGUGCAGUGCCGGCGUCUGGUACGGGAGGGUGCCUACCACCGCCAACCCGGUUCCAGCCCUAAGGUAGUCCUGCACUGUGGAGACAUCCAGGAAUCUGCCAGGGGCCCAGACAUCUUGUGACGAAUGGUGUGGCCUGAGGCCACUUGACAGACUGCUGUCCUGGGCUUGCUCAGGUCCCCACUAAUAUUUUAAUGUGCCAAUGCCUGUGGAGUGUCUACAGGCCUAAGUGGCAGCCAUCUCAGCGAAGAUGUGGGCCAAGGAUAGUUUUCAUACCUAGGGCCUAUACCCAAUAACAGAAUCUGCCCGCUUGUCUCAGCGGCUCACUUCCCUGAGCUAUGAGCAAAGGGCCUUCGAUGCCAAACCAGACUUUGGUCCCUUCCUGAGCCCUGCCCCAGUUAUCUCUAAGUGCCUUCCCUUUUGCCCGGACUGACCUGACCCAUGAUGUAAGGACCGUAGGGGAGCACCACCACUGCAAAGGCUGACUAAGGUCUGUUGGGCUAAAGGUCUCUUUGAGCCCAGUGUCUGUAGUCACGCCUUCUUUGCUCUGGGCCCAGGAGGCCUACUUCUUUUUCUCGUGGAAUCCUGGAAUCUUAAAGAUAAAAGAACCUAGAAAGAAAAUCAAACCCACUUUCCUUGUGGGGCAGACGGUAAUAUGGGACUGAGAACAGCAAACCUGGGGUAUUGGAGAGGAGCCCAGCCUCCUGUUGAGGUUGAGAGCUCUGUCACCCUCCCUUCCCCUGCUGGGUACCCUGUUAACAUUGUCUGUGCUGUUUCCCAUUGUGCCCAGCAGUAGCAACAACAAGGUCACAGAGGUGGGGACUCUAGGUCCAGUGGCCAGCUUAUGGUGUGAGCGUAGUCAGUCCCCCUUUCAGAGCCUCAGGAAGCUUGGAGCACCUCAGUCUCAAGCCUGUCAGUUCCUUACUCUGGGAUGACCCCCAACAUCAAGACUGGAAACAUACACAUUCUCCCCAGGGACACAGUCUUAAGAUGCUUUUCUAAGAAGUCAAUGCAGUUGUGGCCAUGUGGCCCUGAGCUUCAAGGGACUCGUGGGCUUGGUGUCCAUGGGCCGGAGCCCAGAGACCCACUUCCCCCUCCAAGGAGUGUGGCAGAAAGGGUCUCCCAUGCACAUUGUGCUCCCCCCAGGGCCACAUCUCAGCUCUCCAGCUCUGGAUUCUUUCUUCUGUUUUCAUUUUAUGAGUCGUUGUCUUUUUUAAAAUGAACUGUUUAACCCCCACCUCUGCUGGCCAGGGGAUGGAAAGGAAGAUAAAUGUAUUUCUUCGCUUUUGUAAGACUCUGUUCUGGGUGUGGGCUGGGUAUCUUGGGAAGAAGCCAGUUGGCUAUCAGUGACCAUGUGGGCAUUGGGGCUGGUCCCUGGGAUGCUCAAAAGUCAGUGAGAGCUCUGUCUUCUCAUACUAGCCCAGCCCAGCCCACCCUGUGACUGGUCCUUAGUUUAAUAAACACAUGUAAGAGUUCUUUCCUUCA